AUGCUGGAACCCUUAACAAAUGGUAGUGCCACAGAUUUGCAAUUCCUGGCAACACCCCUUCAAUGGAAAGCCAUCGAAUUCCCCCCAGCAUCGAACACCAUCACCGCAAUCCUCGCCGGCCCAGGGUGCGGGAAAACCAGAACUUUGAUCUUACGGUGCUUACACAUGAUGUCGAUUGGGAUCCAACCCCAUGAAAUAUUGGUGUUGAGUAUGACCAAUAGUGCGGCCCGGCAUUUGAAAUCAGAAUUACGCAAAGUAUUAUCACGAGAAACGUUGCAGCAGACAGAUACUGAAGUGGUUGGCGCCGUUGAAUCGUUGCCACCUUCAGAAAUAGAAUACAUUAUUUCCAAUAUGAACAUUCUUACAUUCGAUUCGUUUGCCGGACAAAUCAUUGCUGCGGAUCGUGGGUCACCCAUGAAAAUCCUCGAUCCUUCCUAUUACGAUGAUAUUAUGUAUUUGACCUCGUCGUCCAGACAAACUGGGAGGAACCAUACUGCUUCGGUACGUUCGCGAAUUGAUAAAUGGCCGCUUGAUGCUCGAGACCACGUUAUUGAAACCGCGUUGAAUAAGUUACGAGAUACCGAAGGGCUCGCGACGUUUGCCUGGAUCCGGUACCGGACGCUUCAGUUACUAAGCACCAAAUUUAGCCUGGUGGUGGGGGUCGGCAGAUAUCGAGUGCUUAUGAUCGAUGAGUUUCAGGAUUUGUACGGUGAUUUAUUACGUAUGGUGGAAUUAGUGGCGGUGGAAGAUCGUGGGUUGCAUUUGACUGUGGUGGGGGACGCCGAUCAGAGUAUUUAUGGGUUUUUAGGAUCGAUCGACACUGAUAAGAAGUUAAAACAGGUGGAGCAAAAAUCGGGGAGACAAUUGCAACAAAUUGUGUUGAACGAAUCUUUCCGAAGCACCGGAGAAAUCAUAAAGUUUUCCAACCAGUUGACAUCGACGAAACUUGUGAAUUAUCAUCAGGAUGGCAAUGAUGAUCUACCAGUGUCUCAUGAGUCUUUCUCGCUGGCUUUGGAAAGGGCCGAUUUUGUCGCCCGAGAAAUUAAAAGAUUGUUGCGCCAGUCGAUUAUUACCUCUCUUAGUAACGUGCUUGUGCUCACUAGAACCAACCGUCCUACAUCAUUAAUGGAAUCUUUCAAUUUCUACGGUAUCAAGUUCCAUAAACGACAAUCAUCGGUGCCGGGAUGGAUGUCCGGAUCCAUUAGUCUCAUUCAUUAUCUCCAAGUGUUAGCAAAUCCCCAAGAAUUUGAAUUCUCCAUGAUUUGCGUGAUGAUGCUGAUCCUGGGAAUGUCGCGUCCUUCAAUGGACGUUGUCCAACGGAAGUUUGAGGCCUGGCAAAAAACUAAACCAGGAAAAGCGGCGAGUACCCUUUGGGAGUACUUGAUAGAUCCUAGUACCAAACACAGUAGUAAAAAAGUGAUCCGGUUCAUUGAAACCACGAAUCAUUGGCGGGAUAGGAUCCAAGGUGGUGGGAAAGAUGGAGCAAAGUUGAACAACCCUCAAGAUCUAUUCAAUGCGUUAUUACAAUAUAUUGCAGAUUUGGAUAGUGCAAGGAGAAUAAUUAGUACUAAUCUUUUGGUUUCAGGGACGGCGCGUGAUGAAUUAGAAAAAUUUUAUCUUGGGUUGAAAGAUGCUUCGGUGGUUCGUGAAGCCAAACUCCAAGAGAUGCUGCAAAACCAAUCCAAUGAAAUGAAUAAUGUCUUAGGAGAAGAGGCAAGUGUCAUGAGAGAUGAACCCGAGGUUCCCGAUUUGAUCGAUUGGUUUGUUGAAGGGUAUAAUGAAAGAUUAUACAAAGAUCUGUCUCAAAGACUCGGUAAAGAAGGGGUUCCCGAUGAUGCGGUCCAAGUGUCAACGAUCCAUGCGGCGAAAGGAUUGCAAAGUCCGGUGGUGUUUGUUCUUGCCGAUACUACUUAUGCAUCAUUGGCUUCCAAACAGAAACACGAGCUCUCAUUGCAGGAACCUUCAUCGCCGAGAUCCAUGUACCAACGAGGCUCAAAGAUUAAGCGGCACUGGGAUGAAGAAGAAGUAAGGGUUCAUUACGUGGCGACCACGCGAGCCCAGAAGAAAUUAUAUUUUUGCGAAUUACACGAUCAGUUUGUGAGAAUUGGCGGGUCGUCUCAGUAUAUUGAAAAUCCAUUAGAGAUGAAGAACCGAAGCACCCCAGGGUUUCCUAAUAAAAUUGCUAGUGGUGAUCAAUUACAAAAUGCUAGGAAGAGAAUGUAUAGUAGUUGGCACAGACCAAUGGGAAGAUAUAAUUUUGGGGGAUCAAUGAGAUUUGUUGGCAGGGUUUUGCGAGUGGUGCUUAAAUAG